AGUCACCACCGAGCGGCCGUCGUUGUGGUGGCAGUGGUGAGCGCGAGCCGAGCGGCAGCUCUUGGAGAGGCAGCACAGAGUUGUCUUCUCUAUGGGAAUCACCGGGCGGCGGCGGCGGCGACCCCCAGCUCCCAGCCUCUGAGAGACCCGGCGGCUAGGGCAGCGGUCGCUGAAGGCGGGGCUGGGGGUCGCGGCGGCGGCGGCGGCGGCGGCGGCGGCGGCAGCGGCGGCGGCGGCGGGCCAGUUCAAUAGACAGGAUGCGCGGCCGCGCCAGCGGUAGGCGGCAGCUCCUGUUUGAGUGCUCCUGAAGGGGAGAUGCUACCAUUCGCUCCUCAGGACGAGCCCUGGGACCGAGAAAUGGAAGUGUUCAGCGGCGGCGGCGCGAGCAGCGGCGAGGUAAAUGGUCUUAAAAUGGUUGAUGAGCCAAUGGAAGAGGGAGAAGCAGAUUCUUGUCAUGAUGAAGGAGUUGUUAAAGAAAUCCCUAUUACUCAUCAUGUUAAGGAAGGCUAUGAGAAAGCAGAUCCUGCACAGUUUGAGUUGCUCAAGGUUCUUGGUCAGGGGUCAUUUGGAAAGGUUUUUCUUGUUAGAAAGAAGACCGGUCCUGAUGCUGGGCAGCUCUAUGCAAUGAAGGUGUUAAAAAAAGCCUCUUUAAAAGUUCGAGACAGAGUUCGGACAAAGAUGGAGAGGGAUAUACUGGUGGAAGUAAAUCAUCCAUUUAUUGUCAAAUUGCACUAUGCCUUUCAGACUGAAGGGAAACUGUACUUAAUACUGGAUUUUCUCAGGGGAGGAGAUGUUUUCACAAGAUUAUCCAAAGAGGUUCUGUUUACAGAGGAAGAUGUGAAAUUCUACCUCGCAGAACUGGCCCUUGCUUUGGAUCAUCUCCACCAAUUAGGAAUUGUUUAUAGAGACCUGAAGCCAGAAAACAUUUUGCUUGAUGAAAUAGGACAUAUCAAAUUAACAGAUUUUGGACUCAGCAAGGAGUCAGUAGAUCAAGAAAAGAAGGCUUACUCAUUUUGUGGUACAGUAGAGUAUAUGGCUCCUGAAGUAGUAAAUAGGAGAGGCCAUUCCCAGAGUGCUGAUUGGUGGUCAUAUGGUGUUCUUAUGUUUGAAAUGCUUACUGGUACUCUGCCAUUUCAAGGUAAAGACAGAAAUGAGACCAUGAAUAUGAUAUUAAAAGCAAAACUUGGAAUGCCUCAAUUUCUUAGUGCCGAAGCACAAAGUCUUCUAAGGAUGUUAUUCAAAAGGAAUCCAGCAAAUAGAUUGGGAUCAGAAGGAGUUGAAGAAAUCAAAAGACAUCUGUUUUUUGCAAAUAUUGACUGGGAUAAAUUAUAUAAAAGAGAAGUUCAACCUCCUUUCAAACCUGCUUCUGGAAAACCAGAUGAUACUUUUUGUUUUGAUCCUGAAUUUACUGCAAAAACACCUAAAGAUUCUCCCGGUUUGCCAGCCAGUGCAAAUGCUCAUCAGCUCUUCAAAGGAUUCAGCUUUGUUGCAACUUCUAUUGCAGAAGAAUAUAAAAUCACUCCUAUCACAAGUGCAAAUGUAUUACCAAUUGUUCAGAUAAAUGGAAAUGCUGCACAAUUUGGUGAAGUAUAUGAAUUGAAAGAGGAUAUUGGUGUUGGCUCCUACUCUGUUUGCAAGCGAUGCAUACAUGCAACUACCAACAUGGAAUUUGCGGUGAAGAUCAUUGACAAAAGUAAGCGAGACCCUUCAGAAGAGAUUGAAAUAUUGAUGCGCUAUGGACAACAUCCCAACAUUAUUACUUUGAAGGAUGUCUUUGAUGAUGGUAGAUACGUUUACCUUGUUACGGACUUAAUGAAAGGAGGAGAGUUACUUGACCGUAUUCUCAAACAAAAAUGUUUCUCGGAACGGGAGGCUAGUGAUAUACUAUAUGUAAUAAGUAAGACAGUUGACUACCUUCAUUGUCAAGGAGUUGUUCAUCGUGAUCUUAAACCUAGUAAUAUUUUAUACAUGGAUGAAUCAGCCAGUGCAGAUUCAAUCAGGAUAUGUGAUUUUGGGUUUGCAAAACAACUUCGAGGAGAAAAUGGACUUCUCUUAACUCCAUGCUACACUGCAAACUUUGUUGCACCUGAGGUUCUUAUGCAACAGGGAUAUGAUGCUGCUUGUGAUAUCUGGAGUUUAGGAGUCCUUUUUUACACAAUGUUGGCUGGCUACACUCCAUUUGCUAAUGGCCCCAAUGAUACUCCUGAAGAGAUACUGCUGCGUAUAGGCAAUGGAAAAUUCUCUUUGAGUGGUGGAAACUGGGACAAUAUUUCAGACGGAGCAAAGGAUUUGCUUUCCCAUAUGCUUCAUAUGGACCCACGUCAGCGGUAUACUACUGAACAAAUAUUAAAGCAUUCAUGGAUAACUCACAGAGACCAGUUGCCAAGUGAUCAGCCAAAGAGAAAUGAUGUGUCACAUGUUGUUAAGGGAGCAAUGGUUGCAACAUACUCUGCCCUGACUCACAAGACCUUUCAACCAGUCCUAGAGCCUGUAGCUGCUUCAAGCUUAGCCCAGCGACGGAGCAUGAAAAAGCGAACAUCAACUGGCCUGUAAGAUUUGUGAUGUUCCUAGGCCAAACUGGAUGAAGAUGAAAUUAAAUGUGUGGCUUUUUUCCUAAUCUUAUCAAAGGCAUCGUUUUCUGCUAAAUUACUUGAAUAUUAAGUAAUAUUAAAUCCCCAUUUUUAGGGGAAGUGAGAUUUAAAAAAACCAUUCACAGGUCCACAAUAUUCAUACUAUGUGUUUGCAGUAGUGUUCAAGUGUUUAUUUAAGCAUAUAAUUGGUGUCCACCAGGACCUCACAACUUCUCUGCACACUAGCUUCUAAAAUUCCUUUCAAAUAAAGUUACUUGAAUAUUUUUUUCUUGUUUCAUACAAUUAUGGUUUGGGGAGUCAUUACCAACAAUCAGGAUACAUAUAUAAUAGUAUAAUGACAAGCAAUGUUAGUAUUUUUAAACAUCAGAUCCUGAAGGAUAGGCUUUUUCUAAUAAAAGAAAAACAACAAAAACUUAUUAUAAAAGCUUGUUAUUCUGUAAAACCAAAGGACUCCAUUCAUUUGACUCACUGUAGUUACUAAAAUGUAAACAUAGUGGUUUGGUGCCAGAGCAAAAUACAUUUGUGCUAAUAUAUGAAUUCUUGAUAUAGUUGGUGCCAAAGUUUUUAUAGAAGAAUUAUUAUCUCAGAUAAUGUGUGCAGGCAGAUCUGUAUAUUAUCCAUAAGUGGCCUCAUUUAGAAAUAAAGGUUUUUAUAAGGCUUCUGUAAAUUUUACAUCAAAUGGAAAUUUAGUACAAAUGAAACUUUCUUUUUCCAAAGGCUUUAUACUGUUGGUGUAAUCUUAUAAAUAGGUCAUGGUUAAGCCUUUGAAAAUGAAGUAUGUGGUGUUGACACUAUCCUGGUGUUAUAUAAACUGACUUUCAAGUUAACCAAUUGGAUUUAAUCAUCAUCUAUCCCCUUUAUAAAUGAACUACACUGUUGUUUUUCUGACUUCGAUGUGCUUUGAAGUACAGUGUAGCAUAUUCUACCUUGAAUCCUAUGGUAAUACAGUUGACAUCUUGCUAUAGUGGACUUGUGCGUAUAGCACACAUGAUAUAGUAUAUUGUAUUACAGUAAACUUUAGACAAUGCUACUUAAUCAUUUUACUUCAUGAAGAUAAACUAACAUUUUAAAUAUGAAUAAUAUUAAUGGUCUACAUAAAAUUUGAGCACAUUUUAAAAUCAUAUUUAUAAAAAACUGGCCAAAUUGGUCUUAUUUAAUGUAUAAUUCAGAACCACUGUGUAGUAUGUAUUCUUUUCUCUAAAUGAUGAAAUGCUAAAGAAUCAUUUCACGUUGUUGAAGAAAAUACCAUUGCUACAACAACAGCAGCAGCUACUACUACUACUAUUACUACUACUGACAGAAAGAAUUCAUGAAUGUAAACUGGAGGAUAUCACAGUUUUCUUUAGUGAAUAUAAGUGAACUACUUGUGCGUGUUAGGUGUACUAUUUGCUAUGUAUUUUACUUUGCUUCAUUCAGAGAGAAAGUUGAUUACUGAGUGCUGAAUUAUACAAUUUAGGCUAGGAAACUUGUAACUUUGGUAUUUAAUAAAAGAAACUAUACAUAUUCUCUUUGUAAUGUAAAUAAUCUAUACCCCAUGCACAAAUAUCUGUUUCCUGGGUGUGAUAUAUAAAAGAAGUAUGUAUUCUUAUUUUGAGGUAUCUUUUGGAAAUAAUUGAAAGAUAUUAAAGAACAAUUUAUGCCACAUGAAAAAUAAUUACUUAGAAGUAGUUAGGUAUCAUGUCUUAUGGCUUUUUAUGUUCCAUUUUGGCUUUUUUUCUCAUUUGCUUUAUUAAUAUAUGUACUUGCAUGUAACAGUUUGUAUGCAUAUAUUCUGACUUAUUUUCUUCUGUCAUUAUCUUGUGCUGUUAUGCCUUCUUCCUAUCAGAAUUGAUAUGUCAAACUCCGAGGUGUGAUUUUGGUGUUGAAGUUUUCAGAACAGAGAGAGAUACUAUUUCCAUGGAUGCAUUUUAAGUAAUAAAAUUAGGGGAAGUGAAAUCAGAAAAUGAAAAAUGAUUACAAAAUAACUUUCAGGUUUUCUAUAAUCAAUGGCUUUAAAAAGUAGACAGUCUUAAUUAAUUUUAAAUUAGCUUGCUCAGAAAGGUCAUGCCAUACAGUCCUGUCAUAAAAGGAGCACUAUAAGAAUUAAGCAAUGAACAGCAUGAUUUCUGACCACCCAGUGAGGACUGACAGUGUAUAAAAGACACAGGUAUGGUACUGGAUGUACCUGAUAAUUGAGAGUUUUCUACUGAAAAACUCAAAUAUGCUAGCUUAACAACAGUAGUAGGGGGCAACCUUAUUAUAUGGGAAAGCUUCAAAAUAUACUGUCAUUUUGUAGAAGGAGCCCAGGUAAGGAUGCCUAAUUCUGUCCAGUUUGGCUAGAACUCCAUAGCCAAAAAUGCAGAUUUGGAUUGAACAUUUUUUUGAUGGGGCUUCUAUCUAUGCUUAACUAGUAAAAACACAUCUUUUCUAUAAGACUUUAGAAUACUGUGGUUUCUAAUGGGUUCUUGUAUAAUUAUUUUGCAUUGUGUUUUUCUAGUUAAUGGUUUUUGGUAGUAUUUAAUGAUAGCACAGUUUGGGGUUUUAUUGUUCUUGAAGGGGGAGGAUAUUGAAUUUGUUUUUCUUAGAGAAAACAUCAGGUUUGCUCAAAUAGACUAACAACCUGUUGUCCUUAAGCACAUACUACCAUGAAUAAACUCAGGAAACAAUUUUCAAGAAAAUUCGAAUGCAGUGCUGGUGAUGGGGAUUUUUUGUGGGAAAAAACAAUGGUUUCAAGUCCUUUCACAAAGAUCAAACUUCAGCCUAUUUUGUUAGACUCAGCAAUGUCUAAAACAUUGUUUUUUGUAAUUUAUUGUCAUUGGUAAUUCAAUAUAAUAAAACAAUUUUGAUAGCACCUCUGUUUGGCUCAAAGGGAUUCCAUAUGUUUAGGCAACCCACAACCUUAAGAACAGAUGCUUGGUAUUUAUAAUGUCUGCCCAUUGGAACAACAUGUUAAAAUAGUACUGCCCAGAGAAACUUGCAUACAGAUUGACUAGUAUUUUCUAGAUAGAGCUCUUUCAUAUAUGAAGAAGGAAAACAACCAUUUAUCUUGGCUCUAAGGCCCACGAGAAAACUUAGGCUUUAAAGUAGGCAAAGCAUAUUUGUGGUAUUCUGUACAUUCUCUUUCUCCUGGCUUUCCAGCCCCUUCAUGCUAUCUAUCUUACUUGAGCUCCUCACAACAAUACUCCAUCAACGAAGUUUACCUUAUCCCCAGAAGGAUUCUGUGUGGUCCUUACUCCUUGUUCCUUCCUCUUCCUCUUCCCCAAAUCAGGAUAUCCAAUCUGUCAGAACAGAUAUUUCCAGCUAAAAAGGUGAAAGGAAAGCUAUCUUACUAAAUUAGUUUACAUUUUUCUGUCAGUAGCUAAUAGUUAAUUGGCAUUUUUUUAAGGAAGUUGUGCAUUAAUCAAGUUUCUAUUUGCUGGAUCUUCAGGCAGUCUAACAAGGUGAUGAUAAUUUUAAAUUCAGUUCUUAUCAGGGAAAACAUUUUGGGGGAAAGGAACAGUGUGUCCCAGGGUCAGAGUAUCUAAAAACUGUUUCUUUUUUUGCACAAUUUCCUUCCUACUUCCUUUCUACUUCUCAAUCUACCUUUUCUCUUAAAAACUUUUAAGCUUUUUAAUCACAAUGAACUUCUAUGACAAAAUGAUGUGGAGGUAGACAGAGAUUGGCGAUUAUUUCUGUAUAUGUUGUUUUUAAACCCAUAGUUUUGUAUUCUUGUUUCUCACAGUACAUGACCUGUAUAGCAUAAGAAGUUUUAUCCCCCCAACCCCCGUCCCAUUCCUGUUAUAAAGAAAAAAAGCACAUAAAGAUUGAAUCCAAACUACUCAUGGAGUCCAAAUUUUUCCAGAUCCCUUUUCCAGAUUUUAGGACCUAGAAAUCCUUUAAGUCACAAUGUUAUUUCAAAAAAAAAAAAAAAGCAAGCCAUAUUAAGUAUAUAUUGGCCAACUGCAAUUAAACUUCUUUAAAACAUUUUUGUUUUACAUUUCAAAGCUUAGUCAGGCAUUUUUGGCAUGUACCUCAAGAUCAAUGACUGUUGAAAUUAGCAGAAUAAAUCAAUAGUGGGCUAUUUGCCUUUUUAUAUGGGAAUAUAGUGGCAUUGAUAGUGAUUAUUCACAACAUACAUUAUACUCAUGGAUGCACUGUUCCUGGUUUUAUUCUUACAGUAUAGGGAAUUCCAUCAUAUACUUUCAAUAAAAUGUUUGAUCACCUAAAAUUCAGUUUGGUUGCUAAUACAUAAGAGAAAAGGGAACUAUACUUGAAGAUAUUAAAUUAUAGACAUAAGUUUCUUUGAAAUAUUUAGAAAAACAAAAGUAAUUUUAGAAUAUGGAAAUCCAAGCUUACAUUAUAUUGGCAAAUUAUGUAUGUUUCAAUUAAUUAUUCACUAAAUAAAUUUUAGCUAAAUGCUUAUAAAUAAAUAUAUAUAUGUAAUUGCCAAGUUAGGGUUUGCUUUGUAUUCACAUUUCUAAACGCUGGGCAAUAGAGCUUCUGUGGAUGACUGUUUUGCUGUAAUUACAACUGUCUAGUUAUGGGAACUAAUUUAUUCUUCAAAAGGUAUUAAGCAUCUAAUUUUAGGUGGACAAUUAUAGAGAAUGUACGAAUUGCAUUCGUUUCUUAAAAAAUUGUCAAAAUGUGACCGAUUAGGUUAUUUACUUUUAUCUUUCCUAUGAACUAAUAUUGCUCAGGUCACAUUUUCUUUCUCUUUCCAAAUUCAUUCUCUCUGAAAUUGCUACCCCUUAUAACAAAUAUGUAGUUUUGUUUUUUAGUAUGAUAAAAUUAUUUUUAACAGCAGGAAAGCAGUCUAUCAACAAACAGCCGGCCAGGCACAGUGGCUCAUGCCUGUAAUCCCAGCACUUUGGGAGGCUGAGGCGGUGGAUCACCUGAGGUCAGGAAUUCGAGGCCAGCCUGACCAACAUGGAGAAACCCGUCUCUACUAAAAAUACAAAAUUAGCCGGGCGUGGUGGCACAUGCCUGUAAUCCCAGCUACUCAGGAGGCUGAGACAGGAGAAUCACUUGAACCUGGGAGGCAGAGGUUGCGGUGAGCCGAGAUUGUGCCAAUUUCACUCCAGCCUGGGCAACAAGAGUGAAACUCCUUCUCAAAAAAAAAAAAAAAAAAAAAAAAAAAGGAAAGAAAAGAAACAGCCAUUUAAAAAGUUACACAUGAAACCUUAAAUAUCCAAAUGCCAGCAUGGUUUGUAAGUUAGAAUUUAUCUUGCAUUAAAUUCCAUAGUACAAAAAAGGGAGAAGGUGGUUUUUCUGUUUGAUUAAAAAAAAAAAAAAAGGAAGUACUGUUGGUAGUUGGGAGUUACAUAGGCUUUAUGAAGCGACCACAGUUUGCUAUAGCCACAUUUUUAAAAUUGGUUUGCCAACACAUCCCGAGCACUUUUGAAUUCCUAAACUUGUUUCUGAUAUCAAAUAUAUAUAUAUAUAUAUAUAUAUAUAUAUAUAUAUACACUGACAUUUCAUUGCAUUUCUGAAGACUGAAAUGGCAUUAAAUAAAAGUUGUGUGUAAAUUUGAUUUACGUGUACUUAAAAGCUUAAAAGCUGCAGUUAAACAAUCCCCAGUGUUCAAAAACUAUUUUAUUUUUCUGACUAUAUUAUGAAUUUUAUGUUACCAUUUAUUUUAUUAAUGUUUUCUUUAAACCAUUGGUUUUUUGACAUUAAAGUUUUCAUUUAUUAUACUAAAUUUUUUAUCAUGUAAGACCAAAUCCAGUAGUUCAUUUUACAAUGUUUUUUUCUCUCACAAUGCUGCUAAAGAAAUGGCUAUCAUUUUGAAUUUACAACAUGCCAAAGAAGACAUAGAAGUUAUAUUUAUUUUUGUUCUUGUUAAAACUCUGUGAGCAACAGUUCUCAAGAUAUGUUAAAUUACUGGCAUUCUCUGGGUACUAAAUAAAAAGGCUGCAACUUUCUAACAUUU